GGCGUCGCGCACACACAGGCGGGCGGCGCUCAGAGGCGGACGGCACCGCUCUCGGCGCCCGUGGCUCCGGCCCCGCGCUCCUCUCUCGCUCCUGCGGCCCAAAGUAACUUCGGGAGCUGCGGUCUCCCGCCAACUUCCCCCCGCGGGCUCGGUUGCCCGGAGCCGCUCGGCUCGAGCCCGCGGCCGGCUCGCCUUUCCUGUGCGUGGCUCCAAAACUGAAUGAGAGAGCGCGCGGGGCGCGCGGAGGCACGGAGCGCGGCGGCAUGGAGCGCUGCUGCUGGGCGCCGCGGACUCUGGUCCUGGCCAUGCUGCUGCUGGCGACAUUGAGGGCGCGCGCGGCCACCGGCUACUACCCGCGCUUCUCGCCCUUCUUUUUCCUGUGCACCCACCACGGGGAGCUGGAAGGGGAUGGGGAGCAGGGCGAGGUGCUCAUUUCCCUGCACAUUGCGGGCAACCCCACCUACUACGUACCGGGACAGGAAUACCAUGUUACCAUUUCAACAAGCACCUUCUUCGACGGCUUGUUGGUGACGGGACUAUAUACCUCUACAAGUGCCCAGUCUUCUCAGAGCAUCGGAGGCGCCAGUGCCUUCGGAUUCGGGAUCAUGUCUGACCACCAAUUCGGUAACCAGUUUAUGUGCAGCGUGGUGGCCUCUCAUGUGAGUCACCUGCCAACAACCAACCUCAGCUUUGUCUGGAUCGCUCCCCCAGCUGGCACGGGCUGUGUGAAUUUCAUGGCGACUGCGACACACAGGGGCCAGGUGAUUUUCAAAGAUGCCUUAGCCCAGCAGUUGUGUGAGCAAGGAGCUCCCACGGAAGCCAGUGCUCAGUUUCACCUCGCCGAAAUGCACAGUGACAGUGUGAUCCUACGGGAUGACUUUGACUCCUACCACCAACUGGAAUUAAAUCCCAACAUAUGGGUUGAAUGUAGCAACUGUGAGACUGGAGAGCAGUGUGGUACCAUCAUGCAUGGCAAUGCCGUGACCUUCUGUGAGCCAUAUGGUCCUCGGGAGCUGACCACCAGAUGCCUGAACACGACAACAGCGUCUGUCCUCCAGUUUUCCAUCGGGUCAGGAUCCUGCCGAUUUAGUUAUUCUGACCCCAGCAUCACCGUGUCAUAUGCCAAGAAUAACACUGGCGACUGGAUACAGCUCGAGAAAAUUAGAGCCCCUUCCAACAUCAGCACAAUCAUCCACAUCCUCUACCUUCCGGAAGAAGCCAAGGGGGAGAAUGUGCAGUUCCAGUGGAAGCAGGAAAGCCUGCGUGUAGAUGAGGUGUACGAAGCCUGCUGGGCCUUGGACAACAUCCUGGUCAUCAAUGCAGCCCACCGACAGGUCAUCCUGGAAGACAACCUCGACCCAGUGGACACGGGCAACUGGCUCUUCUUUCCCGGAGCAACGGUCAAGCAUAGCUGUCAAUCAGAUGGGAACUCCAUUUAUUUCCAUGGUAAUGAAGGCAGCGAGUUCAAUUUUGCCACCACCCGGGAUGUAGAUCUUUCUACAGAGGAUAUUCAGGAGCAGUGGUCAGAAGAAUUUGAGAGCCAGCCCACAGGAUGGGACAUCUUGGGAGCUGUCAUUGGUGCAGAAUGUGGAACCAUAGAAUCAGGUCUCUCUCUGGUAUUCCUCAAAGAUGGAGAAAGGAAACUAUGCACUCCCUACAUGGAUACAACUGGUUAUGGAAACCUGCGGUUCUAUUUCGUUAUGGGAGGCAUCUGUGACCCCGGAGACUCCCACGAAAACGAUGUGAUCUUAUACGCAAAGACUGAGGGAAGGAAAGAGCACGUUGUGCUGGAUACACUUCCUUAUUCCUCCUAUAAGGUUCCAUCUUUGCUUUCUGUAGUCAUCAACCCUGAACUUCAGACGCCUGCUACCAAAUUUUGUCUCAGGCAAAAGAACCACCAAGGGCACAAUCGGAAUGUUUGGGCUGUGGACUUCUUCCACGUGCUACCGGUUCUGCCGUCUACAAUGUCACACAUGAUACAGUUUUCUAUUAAUCUGGGAUGUGGGACGCACCAGCCUGGAAACAGUGUCAGCUUGGAAUUUUCCACUAACCACGGACGUUCCUGGACCCUGCUCCACACUGAGUGCUUGCCUGAGGUCUGUGCAGGCCCCCACCUCCCACACAGCACCACCUACGCCUCUGAAAACUACAGUGGGUGGAACCGGAUCACCAUCCCCCUCCCUAACGCAGCGCUCACCCGCGAGACCAGGCUCCGCUGGAGACAAACGGGAGCAAUCCUGGGGAACAUGUGGGCGAUUGAUAAUGUUUAUAUAGGUCCAUCGUGUCUCAAAUUCUGUUCUGGCAGAGGACAAUGCACUCGACAUGGUUGCAAGUGCGACCCAGGAUUUUCCGGCCCAGCUUGCGAGAUGGCAUCCCAGACAUUCCCGAUGUUUAUUUCCGAAAGCUUUGGCAGCUCUAGGCUCUCCUCGUACCAUAACUUUUACUCUAUCCGUGGUGCUGAAGUCAGCUUUGGUUGUGGUGUCUUAGCCAGCGGGAAGGCUCUGGUUUUCAACAAAGAUGGGCGGAGGCAGCUGAUCACGUCUUUUCUGGACAGCUCACAGUCCCGGUUUCUGCAGUUCACGCUGCGCCUCGGGAGCAGGUCUGUUCUGAGCACGUGCAAGGCCCCCGACCAGCCUGGGGAAGGAGUCUUACUGCACUAUUCUUAUGACAAUGGGAUAACCUGGAAACUUCUGGAACACUACUCCUACCUCAGCUACCAUGAGCCCAGGAUAAUCUCUGUAGAAUUGCCAGAUGACGCGAGACAGUUUGGAAUCCAGUUCAGAUGGUGGCAGCCCUACCACUCUUCCCAAGGAGAAGACGUCUGGGCUAUUGACGAGAUUGUCAUGGCCUCUGUCCUGUUCGACAGCAUCAGUCUUGACUUUACCAAUCUGGUGGAGGUCACUCAGUCUCUGGGAUUCUACCUUGGGAACGUUCAGCCAUACUGCGGUCAUGACUGGACACUUUGUUUUACAGGAGAUUCUAAACUGGCCUCAAGCAUGCGCUAUGUGGAGACACAGUCAAUGCAGAUCGGAGCCUCCUAUAUGAUUCAGUUUAGCCUGGUGAUGGGGUGUGGCCAGAAAUACACGGCUGACAUUGACAACCAGGUGAAGCUGGAGUUCUCAGCCAACCACGGCCUUACAUGGCACCUCGUACAGGAAGAAUGCCUUCCUGGUAUGCCAAGUUGCCAAGAAUUUACAUCUGCCAGUAUUUACCAUGCCAGUGAGUUCACACAGUGGAGGAGAGUCAUUGUGCUUCUUCCCCAGAAAACCUGGUCCAGUGCCACCCGCUUCCGCUGGAGUCAGAGCUACUACACAGCGCAGGAUGAGUGGGCUUUGGACAGCAUCUACAUUGGGCAGCAGUGCCCCAACAUGUGCAAUGGGCAUGGCUCGUGUGACCACGGCAUGUGCAGGUGUGACCAGGGAUACCAAGGGACUGAGUGCCUCCCAGAAGCUGCUCUUCCUUCUACGAUUAUGUCCGAUUUUGAGAACCCAAACGGUUGGGAGUCUGACUGGCAGGAAGUUAUCGGCGGAGAAAUUGUAAAGCCCGAGCAAGGCUGUGGGGUCAUUUCUUCUGGAUCGUCUCUCUACUUCAGUAAGGCCGGGCAAAGACAACUGGUGAGCUGGGAUCUGGACACAUCCUGGGUGGACUUUGUCCAGUUUUACAUCCAGAUAGGCGGAGAGAACACUGCGUGCAACAAGCCUGACAGCAGAGAAGAGGGGGUCCUCCUCCAGUACAGCAACAACGGGGGCAUCCAGUGGCACCUGCUGGCAGAGAUGUACUUCUCCGACUUCAGCAAACCCAGAUUCGUCUACCUGGAGCUCCCUGCAGCCGCCAAGACCCCUUGUACCAGGUUCCGCUGGUGGCAGCCCGUGUUCUCCGGGGAGGACUACGACCAGUGGGCCGUCGAUGACAUCAUCAUCCUCUCAGAGAAGCAGAAGCAGGUUAUCCCCAUCGCCAACCCAACUUUGCCCCAGAACUUUUAUGAGAAGCCGGCUUUUGAUUACCCUAUGAAUCAGAUGAGUGUGUGGUUGAUGUUGGCCAACGAAGGGAUGGCUCAAAACGACAGUUUCUGUGCGGCCACACCUUCAGCCAUGGUGUUUGGGAAGUCGGAUGGAGACCGGUUUGCUGUAACACGAGAUUUGACCCUGAAACCCGGAUAUGUGCUCCAGUUCAAGCUGAACAUAGGGUGUGCCAGCCAGUUCAGCAGCGCUGCCCCGGUCCUCCUGCAGUACUCACAUGACGCGGGCAUGUCCUGGUUUCUGGUGAAGGAAGGGUGCUUUCCAGCUUCAGCAGGCAAAGGAUGUGAAGGGAACUCCCGGGAACUGAGUGAGCCCAGCGUCUAUUAUACCGGGGACUUUGAAGAAUGGACAAGAAUCACCAUUGCCAUUCCAAGGUCCCUUGCAUCCAGUAAGACCAGAUUCCGAUGGAUCCAAGAGAGCAGCGCGCAGAAGAACGUGCCCCCGUUUGGCUUGGAUGGAGUGUACAUAUCAGAACCUUGUCCCAGUUACUGCAGUGGCCAUGGAGACUGUAUCUCGGGCGUGUGUUUCUGUGACCUGGGAUACACGGCUGCCCAAGGGACCUGUGUGUCAAACAUCCCCAACCACAGUGAGAUGUUCGAUAGGUUUGAAGGGAAGCUAAGCCCGCUGUGGUACAGGAUAACAGGAGGUCAGGUUGGGACCAGUUGUGGGACUCUCAACGACGGCAGGUCCCUCUACUUCAAUGGCCUUGGGAAACGGGAAGCCAGGACUGUGCCUCUGGACACCCGGAAUAUCAGACUUGUUCAGUUUUACGUCCAAAUCGGAAGUAAAACAUCAGGGAUCACGUGCAUCAAGCCGCGGGCUAGGAAUGAGGGGCUUGUUGUUCAGUAUUCAAAUGACAACGGGAUACUCUGGCAUCUGCUCCGAGAGUUGGACUUCAUGUCGUUUCUGGAGCCACAGAUCAUCUCCAUUGACCUGCCGCGGGAGGCAAAGACACCUGCCACAGCUUUCCGGUGGUGGCAGCCGCAGCACGGGAAGCAUUCAGCCCAGUGGGCUUUGGAUGAUGUCCUUAUCGGAGUGAAUGACAGCUCUCAAACUGGAUUUCAAGAUAAAUUUGACGGCUCUAUAGACUUGCAAGCCAAUUGGUAUCGAAUCCAAGGAGGCCAAGUGGAUAUUGACUGUGUCUCUAUGGACACUGCCCUGAUAUUCACUGAAAACAUAGGAAAACCUCGUUAUGCCGAGACCUGGGAUUUUCAUGUGUCAGCAUCCAGCUUCCUACAGUUUGAGAUGAGCAUGGGCUGCAGCAAACCCUUCAGCAGCGCCCACAGCGUACAGCUCCAGUAUUCCCUGAACAACGGCAAGGACUGGCAUCUCGUCACCGAAGAGUGUGUCCCUCCAACCAUCGGCUGCCUGCACUACACGGAGAGCUCAAUUUACACCUCGGAAAGAUUCCAGAGCUGGAGACGGGUCACGGUCUACCUUCCCCUCGCCACCAAUUCUCCCAGAACACGGUUCAGAUGGAUCCAGGCCAACUACACCACAGGAGCAGAUUCCUGGGCUGUCGAUAAUGUUGUUCUGGCCUCGGGGUGUCCUUGGAUGUGUUCAGGAAAGGGGAUUUGUGAUGCUGGACGCUGCAUGUGUGACCGGGGCUUUGGUGGACCCUACUGUGUUCCUGUAGUUCCGCUUCCCUCCAUCCUGAAAGAUGACUUCAAUGGGAACUUGCAUCCUGACCUUUGGCCUGAAGUGUAUGGUGCAGAGAGGGGGAAUCUGAAUGGUGAGACCAUCAAAUCCGGAACAUCUCUGAUCUUUAAAGGGGAGGGACUAAGAAUGCUUAUCUCCAGGGACCUAGACUGCACCAACACUAUGUAUGUCCAGUUUUCACUCAGGUUUAUAGCCAAAGGUACUCCAGAGAGGUCCCACUCCAUCCUCUUACAGUUCUCUGUCAAUGGAGGAAUCACCUGGCACCUGAUGGAUGAGUUCUACUUCCCUCAAACGACCAGCAUACUUUUCGUCAAUGUCCCCUUGCCGUAUAGCGCCCAGACCAACGCUACAAGAUUCAGACUCUGGCAGCCAUACAGCAAUGGUAAGAAAGAAGAAAUCUGGAUUGUGGAUGACUUCAUUGUGGACGGAAACAAUUUGAACAACCCUGUGAUGCUUCUGGAUACAUUCGACUUUGGGCCCCGAGAAGACAAUUGGUUUUUCUACCCAGGGGGUAACAUUGGUCUUUAUUGCCCAUACUCUUCGAAGGGAGCUCCCGAGGAAGACUCAGCCAUGGUGUUUGUGUCCAAUGAAAUUGGCGAGCACUCCAUCACCACCCGGGACCUAAGCGUAAACGAGAACACCAUCAUCCAGUUUGAGAUCAAUGUCGGAUGCUCCACGGAUAGUUCAUCUGCUGAUCCGGUCAGACUGGAAUUUUCCAGGGACUUCGGAGCCACCUGGCACCUGCUGCUACCCCUUUGCUACCACAGCAGCGUCCACGUCAGCUCCUUAUGCUCCACCGAGCACCACCCCAGCAGCACCUACUAUGCCGGGACCACCCAGGGCUGGCGGAGGGAAGUCGUGCACUUCGGGAAGCUGCACCUUUGCGGGUCUGUGCGUUUCCGAUGGUACCAGGGAUUUUACCCUGCCGGCUCACAGCCCAUCACAUGGGCCAUCGACAAUGUCUACAUUGGUCCCCAGUGCGAAGAGAUGUGCAGCGGGCAUGGGAGCUGCAUCAAUGGGACCAAGUGCAUCUGUGACCCAGGCUAUUCGGGUCCAACCUGCAAAAUAAGCACCAAAAAUCCUGACUUCCUCAAAGACGAUUUUGAAGGUCAACUGGAGUCUGACAGAUUCUUGCUGAUGAGUGGUGCGAAGCCUUCCAGGAAGUGUGGGAUCCUGUCCAGUGGGAACAACCUCUUUUUCAAUGAAGACGGCUUGCGCAUGCUGGUGACUCGGGACCUGGACUUGUCACAUGCCAGAUUUGUGCAGUUCUUCGUGAGACUGGGCUGUGGUAAAGGGGUCCCAGACCCCAGGAGCCAGCCCGUGCUUCUACAGUAUUCUCUCAACGGUGGCCUCUCCUGGAGUCUUCUUCAGGAGUUCCUUUUCAGCAACUCCAGCAACGUGGGCAGGUACAUCGCCUUGGAAAUGCCCCUGAAGGCCCGCUCUGGUUCCACGCGCCUCCGCUGGUGGCAGCCAUCUGAAAAUGGGCACUUCUAUAGCCCCUGGGUGAUCGACCAGAUUCUCAUUGGAGGAAAUAUCUCUGGCAAUACAGUCCUAGAAGAUGAUUUCUCAACCCUGGACAGCAGAAAGUGGCUGCUUCAUCCGGGAGGCACCAAGAUGCCCGUGUGUGGCUCCACAGGCGAUGCCCUUGUCUUCAUUGAAAAGGCCAGUACCCGCUACGUGGUCACCACGGACAUUGCCGUGAAUGAGGACUCAUUCCUGCAGAUAGAUUUUGCUGCCUCCUGCUCAGUCACGGACUCUUGCUAUGCUAUCGAACUGGAAUACUCGGUGGAUCUGGGGCUGUCGUGGCACCCAUUGCUGAGGGACUGCCUGCCCACCAACGUCGAGUGCAGCCGCUACCACCUGCAGCGGAUCCUGGUGUCAGACACUUUCAACAAGUGGACCAGAAUCACCCUGCCCCUCCCUCCUUACACCAGGUCUCAGGCCACUCGUUUCCGCUGGCACCAACCGGCUCCUUUCGACAAGCAGCAGACGUGGGCCAUAGAUAAUGUCUACAUUGGGGACGGUUGUCUAGACAUGUGCAGUGGCCACGGGAGAUGCAUCCAGGGAAGCUGUGUCUGUGAUGAGGAGUGGGGAGGCCUGUACUGUGACGAGCCUGAGACCUCCCUUCCAACCCAGCUCAAAGACAACUUCAAUCGCGCUCCCUCCAACCACAACUGGCUGACUGUGAACGGUGGGAAACUGAGUACCGUGUGUGGAGCCGUGGCUUCAGGGCUGGCUCUGCACUUCAGUGGGGGCUGUAGCAGAUUGCUGGUCACUGUGGAUCUGAAUCUCACCAACGCUGAGUUUAUCCAGUUCUACUUCAUGUACGGAUGCCUCAUCACACCGAGCAACCGUAACCAAGGGGUUCUCCUGGAGUACUCUGUCAACGGGGGCAUCACCUGGAACUUGCUGAUGGAGAUUUUCUAUGAUCAGUACAGCAAACCUGGAUUCGUGAAUAUCCUCCUCCCUCCCGAUGCUAAAGAGAUUGCUACUCGCUUCCGCUGGUGGCAGCCGCGGCACGACGGCCUAGACCAGAAUGACUGGGCCAUUGACAAUGUCCUCAUCUCGGGCUCUGCCGACCAGAGGACAGUCAUGCUGGACACGUUUAGCAGCGCCCCCGUGCCCCAGCAUGAGCGCUCCCCUGCAGAUGCUGGCCCCGUGGGAAGAAUUGCUUUUGACAUGUUCAUGGAGGACAAGACUUCAGUGAAUGAGAAUUGGCUAUUUCAUGAUGACUGUACAGUGGAAAGAUUCUGCGACUCCCCUGAUGGUGUCAUGAUCUGUGGCAGCCAUGAUGGACGAGAGGUGUAUGCAGUGACCCACGACCUGACUCCCACUGAAGGCUGGAUCAUGCAAUUCAAGAUCUCCGUUGGAUGCAAGGUGUCUGAGAAGAUUGCCCAGAAUCAAAUUCAUGUGCAGUACUCUACUGACUUUGGUGUGAGCUGGAACUAUCUGGUCCCUCAGUGCUUACCUGCCGAUCCCAAAUGCUCUGGGAUUGUCUCGCAGCCGUCCGUGUUCUUCCCGACGAAGGGCUGGAAAAGGAUCACCUACCCACUUCCGGAAAGCUUAAUGGGAAAUCCCGUGAGGUUUCGGUUCUACCAAAAGUACUCAGAUGUGCAGUGGGCAAUCGACAAUUUCUACCUUGGCCCUGGCUGCUUGGACAACUGCCGAGGCCACGGAGACUGCCUGAAGGAACAGUGCAUCUGUGACCCAGGGUACUCGGGGCCAAACUGCUACUUAACUCACACGCUGAAGACUUUCCUGAAGGAGCGCUUUGACAGUGAGGAAAUCAAGCCUGACCUCUGGAUGUCCUUAGAAGGCGGAAGCACCUGCACGGAGUGUGGGAUUCUCGCCGAGAACACCGCGCUCUAUUUUGGGGGCUCCACCGUGAGACAGGCUAUCACUCAGGACUUGGAUCUCAGAGGUGCAAAGUUCCUACAGUACUGGGGGCGCAUCGGCAGCGAGAACAACAUGACCUCUUGCCAUCGGCCCGUCUGCCGGAAGGAAGGAGUACUGCUGGAUUACUCCAAGGAUGGAGGAAUUACUUGGACUUUGCUUCAUGAGAUGGAUUUCCAGAAAUACAUUUCUGUGAGGCACGACUACAUCCUCCUCCCCGAGGACGCCCUCACCAACACAACUCGGCUUCGCUGGUGGCAGCCUUUUGUGAUCAGCAACGGGAUUGUGGUUUCCGGGGUGGAGCGCGCGCAGUGGGCGCUGGACAACAUUCUGAUCGGUGGAGCCGAGAUCAAUCCAAGUCAACUGGUGGACACCUUCGAUGAUGAAGGAUCUUCCCAUGAAGAAAACUGGAGUUUUUACCCUAACGCAGUAAGGACAGCAGGAUUCUGUGGCAACCCGUCCUUCCACCUCUACUGGCCGAACAAAAAGAAGGACAAGACCCACAAUGCUCUCUCCUCCCGCGAGCUCAUCAUACAGCCGGGAUACAUGAUGCAAUUUAAAAUUGUGGUGGGUUGUGAAGCCUCUUCGUGUGGUGACCUUCAUUCUGUAAUGCUGGAAUACACUAAGGAUGCAAGCUCUGACUCCUGGCAGCUCGUGCAGACCCAGUGCCUGCCCUCCUCCUCCAACAGCAUCGGCUGCUCUCCGUUCCAGUUCCACGAAGCCACCAUUUACAAUGCUGUCAACAGCUCAAGUUGGAAAAGGAUCACCAUCCAGCUUCCGGAUCAUGUCUCCUCGAGUGCCACACAGUUCCGCUGGAUCCAGAAAGGGGAAGAAACUGAGAAGCAAAGCUGGGCCAUCGACCACGUGUACAUUGGAGAAGCCUGUCCCAAGCUGUGCAGCGGGCAUGGCUACUGCACCACCGGUGCCGUCUGCAUCUGCGACGAGAGCUUCCAAGGGGAUGAUUGCUCCGUCUUCAGUCACGAGCUUCCAAGUUACAUUAAAGAUAAUUUUGAAUCGGCAAGAGUCACUGAAGCCAACUGGGAAACAAUCCAGGGCGGCGCCAUCGGAAGUGGCUGUGGACAGCUGGCACCCUAUGCCCACGGAGACUCACUCUACUUCAAUGGCUGUCAGAUAAGACAAGCUGCUACCAAGCCACUGGAUCUCACUCGAGCAAGCAAAAUUAUGUUUGUCUUACAAAUUGGGAGCACGUCCCAGACGGACAGUUGCAACAGUGACCUCAGCAGCCCCCACGCGGUGGACAAGGCUGUGCUGCUGCAGUACAGCGUCAACAAUGGCAUCACAUGGCAUGUCAUCGCUCAGCACCAGCCAAAGGACUUCAUGCAGGCUCAGCGGGUGUCUUACAACGUCCCUCUGGAGGCGCGGAUGAAAGGGGUGCUGCUGCGCUGGUGGCAGCCGCGUCACAACGGGACAGGUCAUGACCAGUGGGCUUUGGACCAUGUGGAGGUCGUUCUCACUCGAAAACAAAAUUACAUGAUGAAUUUUUCACGGCAGCAUGGGCUCAGGCACUUCUACAGCAGAAGAAGACGGUCGCUUAGGCCGCGCCCAUGAAGAAUCCAAGUUGAUUCCCCUUCCAACGUGUGCGAUGUGUCACUUUUCCCGUUCUUUUUGAAACCCCUCUCACUGCUUCGUGUAUCGGGAGAGGUCUACGAAGGACUUGUCUAACCGAGAGCCCUUCCGGACCGAGUGCACACCACUGUCCUACACUGUGAACUAACGAAGAGUCGCUUAUCUGUGUACAAUGUUUCAUGUCGGUGCAUCUGCGGGAAUUGUGACCUCUUGUAAUUUGCGGAGUCAGUAUUAAGAAUAAGAAAUAGUUUAACAGGAAAAGGAGUUUAAGCACAAAGUUUUAAAGAUUUUACUUUUAAAAUGGCGUUUUAGCACAGUACUGAGCAUUCCCUGGUCACCAAGCUAUUUAAGUAGACUGUAUUUCUGCUUUGUAUCUCGUUUCGUAUGAUUAAGUUUUAUCGUUGUCCGUCCUCUGCAGUCUCCUCCGCAGUAGAAUGCGUUGAAACCAAGUCUACUUGCUAUGUUGCAAUGAUUUGCUGCUGGACUGUGAUCUACUUGUAUUCUGCAGGAAGUUAAUUCAAAUACCUAUUCAAGAUAGCUGUAAAGACACUGUUAUCUCCUUUAAUGUGCUCUUUAACAUGUAUGCUGAUUUAGCAUCAUUUUGUGGAUAGUAAAAAUGGUGGACCUUCAGAUAUUUUCUACUUAAAGAUUGUGGAUGGGCACCCUGUGUCCCUCCCACAACGAAGCUCCGGUCACCUUGUCUAAAACCAUUUUCUCAAGUGUUUUGUGGCUACCUACUAAUAACGAGUGCCAUUUUGUGUCUGUGAUAGCAAAGUGAUUUGUAACACGGUGGAUGUUCUUCUCAUUGUGUUCUCUUCAUGGGUUAUUUUCCCUGUGGCUCAUAUUCAAACCUUCUGGUGGAGUUCAGCCACACCAGCACCCUGUAGCCCCAGACUAGCCGUGAGGCAGAAGGCUGCGCUCCAGGGUGGGCCAUGCUAAAAGCCCGUGCUUAAAUAAAAAUCAUGUCUGAACCAUCUAAA